AUGCCCUUGAAGAGCUCUAUGGCCGCGAAGCUGCUGCUGAUGGCUACAACGCUGUUGAGCUCUAUGGCAUCAACAACUAUGGACUUCGUCCUCGAUGAACAGGAUGGCAUUUGGGAGAUCGCCUGUGCACCUCACUCGUGGCUCAGUGAAGCUUGCGACCAACAAGGUCUUCGACCUCGCCGGAUCAACCUCCAACAGGGCUAUGACAUCUAUAAGACGGCAACCUGGGAGCAUUUGAAGGGUCUUCGACGCCGUCAUCGUCCCCGGCGACUGUGGUUCAGUCUUCCUUGCACCAAGUGGUGCCAAUGGUCCAAGCUCAACUACUCCACUGAGGAGCGCCAAGAACUGUUAGCCACCUAUCGCCGUCGGGAGCGACGCAUGCUAUGGCAAGCAGCUCACUUCAUUGAAGACACCCUCAACGAGGAUCCCGAGACCGACAUCUACUGGGAGUGGCCUUGGCCUUGUGAAGGAUGGAAUCAACGACCCUUGGAAUACAUUGCUCACCUCCUCCAAGCUCACGGCCGUGAAUGGCUUCCAUGCCGUGUUGAUGGGUGCAACUAUGGUCUCCGUGCUGAUGAUGGUGCUGGCGACUUUCUUCGGAAGCGAUGGAUGAUUCGGACAACCAGCUCCUUCUUCCACCAGCGCUUCAAAGCUAAGGUAUGUCCUGGCAGUCACCGACAUGCCUGGAUUCAGGGAGCCGAGACAUCCAAGAGCUCCUACUAUCCCUGGCGCAUGGUCAAAUCGAUGGCCCUGGCAUGGCGUCAAGAGUAUGUCUCUGACCGCAACAUGCAGCUCAUCUUUGCCAAGGAGGACAAGCCCUACAUGGUCCCGAUUGAGGACGAGAUCAACAUGGAGCGCACUGCACUUCAAGCACUACCUGCUCUCCAAGAACAACCAGCGGGACAAGAACUUCUACCCGAAGGUGGUGCCACACCCAGCUCUACUUCCCUGACUCCAACCUCGGAUGAGCUGAAAAAGUGGAAGGCUCGACUGGUCCAUUUCCACAAAGCUGCGGGUCAUCCAACUGCCCGCAACCUCGCUCGUCUUGUGCGAGAGGCUGGAGGUCCAUUGUGGAAGAUACAAGCGGCUCUGGAGCACACAUGUGAGACCUGCAAGGCCGCCAUUGCUGACAUCAAGCACGUGGCUACAGCUAUCCACCAGGAGAACCUGAGCAACAGCCCUGAGAUGACUCUCACACUGGCAGCUUCAGCCUUGAAUGGCACUGAGUACACCGCCGGCUACUCUUCCCAUCAAUGGGCAUUUGGCACCAAGUACUCCAUCAGCGACGAGGACAUCCGCAUAUGGAAUGCCAUCGAGCCCAAGGAAGAUUUUCUUCGGAUCACCAAGGCUCGCUCUGAAGCUGAGGAGAUUGCGCGUCGAUCGCGUGCGAGAAGGGUGCUAAGCAAGCUGGCCAACACCACUGUCCGACAGCCUGUCCGACAGUAUGCGCCGACAGAACUGGUCAUGGAACUACCUGACCUACCAGCGGCUCCAGAUGAGACCACGCUGGCUCCGAUUCGCCGAGCUGUGGGAAAAUCCACCCUGAAGGACUCCGACUACAAGGUCGUGCAUCGAUCUAGUCCAAUCGGUCAAGCCCGAGCACCUCCUGCUCCAAAGAAGUAUUUGCCUCCACCGCGGACAACGCCGACUUCAGAGGACUUCAAGGUUCCUGAUGAAGAGUACACACCAUCUCUGCCAGAUCCAGAACCUGGCGAUGAUCCUGAACCAGAGGGCACUACAUCCCUGCCUUCGUCUUCUACAAGGGAGCCAGAAGUCAAACGCCAUCGUGGCGACCAUGAGACUGAGUAUGACCUCAAAUGGUUGGAUCUGCUUCGUGAAGAGGCGCAAGAUGAGAUCACACACCACGACCUCUUCGCCUUCCUGGAGUCCUAUGAUGGUGAAUGCCUCUCCAUCGAAGUGGACAUUGAGCUGAAGAACCGGCGACAACGCCGCAGCUUCAUGCAGGACCCUGUCCUCUACCUGACCAAGAAGCUCAACUCCUCCGAGGUCACCACUGCCGGAACCUUGGAGCAUGCAAGGGAGAUCCAGGCAAUGAUUGCCGAAUGCCGUGCUCAGGCCACAUCCCUCGAGUUCGUGAAGUUUGAUGACAUCUCCCACUGGUCCGAGGUAGUGUUCAUCGGCAUGGGCGAUCAAGCUCACAACAACAGGAGCAAGGGCGAGAGCACUGGAGGCUUCGUAAUCCUGGCCUCAUCACCGGCUUGCAAAGCCGGACAUGUCUGCAGGAUGAGCCUCUUGGCUUGGCGCACCUGGCGUCUAAAACGCCGGGCAGUGGGAAGCAAUGACGCGGAGGUCCAGGCGAUUUUGGAGACGGAAGAUGUCUUGUUCCGCUGCAGAUUGCUAUGGGCUGAAAUCCAUGGCGCCGGACUGAAGAUCCAAAGCCUACGUGGCUUCGACAUGGUGGACGCCAUGGAGGAGAUCGUCCGCCGUGUGCACGGCGUGCUGUGCACAGACAGCCGAGGAGGGUUCGACGCAGUCGAAGUCAAUGAGUCGCCGCUACUGGGGUUGGCCAACCUUCGAAGCGCCCUACAAGCCUUUCAAUUGCGCGACCACCUGAAGCGCACAGGCUGUGAAUUGAGGUGGGUAGCGUCCGAUUACGACCUCGGGGACGCGCUCACAAAAAAGCGGCUGGACAGCAGGUUGGGUCUCCAGCGGUUCCUCCAAAGCUGGAAGUGGGCGAUCAACUUCGACCCGACGGGCCCCUUUUUGAAGCCAGACCUCAGCGGUCUUAGAAAAGAGAGCCAUAGGCACCGGCUGCCUUUCGAUCGACGUGGUUUCUUCGAGCCCUUUGUUUUCGCUACCGCUGCGCUCCCGCUACAGAAUGUCAAUUUGAUGGUGUAG